AUGACCAUAGUCUCAAAUGAUCCCUCUUGGUGGCCGGUCAUCGAAGCAGUUCGGUUUUCUAGCUAUUUUGGAGUUGUAGGCUUUGUUGUAGUGACGUAUGACUGGGCCCUUACGUUUGGACAAGAGGUCGAAUUGUUCUGGAGGCAACGUUGGUCUCUGAUGACGUUUCUGUAUCUCGGCGUGCGCUACCUCGGAAUCUUAUUUGCCCUGAUGAUACUUUCAUACAGACAGUCUCCCGACCAUCUCGCUGACAGAUACAGCCGUAUUAUGUACCUCGUACAUAAUUGGACGAAUGUUUUGGUAUUUGUGAUGCUGUGGGUCAUCAUUAUCACUCGGUUGCAUGCCAUGUAUCAAGGAUCCAGAAAGAUCCUGAUAUUUCUCAUUGCCACCUUCCUGGCUAUCAAGAUUUUCAGCGUAUUGGUCGCCAUAAUGAUAACGAUGCAUGCUUCAGGGGAGGAAUAUAUUCUCUCCGGUGCUUAUAUGUGCCAGAUAAACUUUCCGGAAGAUGUCACACUUCUGAUUGUCAUUACUUGGAUACUCGGAACUGUGUGGGAGGUCCUCGCAUUAUGUCUCGCAGUUUGGAUUGCUGUAAAACGCUUUCAUGAGCUGCGACGUUAUUCGGCAGGAGGGAUUAUCGGGGACUGUUUCUCGGUGUUGAUCAAAACUCACAUGGCAUACUUUGCGAUUUUUGUUGCUGUUUCUUGCUUCAACCUCGUUUCUAACGUAUCUCCAACAAUCUUAGCGUACCCAUAUUCCUUAGGAACUCAGACUCUUACUGGCUUACUUGAGAUUUUCGCAGUCGUGCAGGUGUUUGUGCUGGGACCACGCCUGAUCCUUGGCAUUCGAGAAUACCACGCUAAGGUCGUGGCCAACUCCGACGCAGCAUCUGGUAUGACCUCAGAUCGCUUUCCAGGAGCGCGUGCAUGUAUCGACUAGCAGUAAGCGUGUGACACACGAGAGGUCAAUAGUCGUCUGGUGCUCUGUAGGAAGCAGGGAAGUUUGUGUCGCAGUUUUGUCUCCACUCCAAGCCUCGUUGCAGUAUUUAUGUAUCAUGAUUAAAAUAUUUGAUGUAGAUGUCGAUGAGACAUGUGUAGUGGGUCUGGGCAAUAUUUCCGUCGUAGUAUUUAUUCGAAUCAUUUGCCAUAUACUAU